AUGCACUACAGAGCACCCAGCAGAUCUGAACUUAAAGAUGUUGACUUAAUUAAUCAGAUUCUCAGUGACAUAAAUAACAGUAUCCCCAGUAUCAUUGUCACCAACUUGAACACCACCACCUGUGCUACAAAGUGUCGAGUCCAGAUCUUGGAUACUGCACAAAAAUACUCUGUUGGAGACUUUUUAACAGUUCAAGUGGAAAUGUUUGAUUAUCUGGGCCAAAGGAAGACCUAUGGUGGAGACUUCUUCAGGGCCAGAAUUUAUUCCACUAAACUUAAGGCAGGGGCAUCUGGGACUGUUCGUGAUUUUAAUAAUGGCACCUACCAUGUCUACUUCACUCUAUUUUGGGAAGGUGAUGUGACAAUAUCAAUUCUUUUAAUGCAUCCAAGUGAAGGAGUGUCAGCUUUAUGGAAAGCAAGAAACAUGGGAUAUAAAAAUAUUUUCUAUACAGGAAAAUUUCUCAACAAAACCAAAGAGGUUCAUACAGAAUGUGGAUAUAUUCUGGAUUCUCCAGAAGGAAAAUGUGAGUACUCAGAUAAGAGAAAGGAAGAACACUUUUACUGCAUCAAGCCUCCAGGAGUGCCUUGUGAGGCCCUGAUAGCUAUGAAGAGCAACAACAGACCCCAUACAUAUCUCAGCAACUUGGAAAAAGGUCUCUUCAAUGGGGGGUCUAAUAUGGCUGUAGAAAUUGCUAAAGAGCUGAAAAUAGUCAUGGUUCAAAAGAGUCAAAAAAAUUAUACAAAAGACAACUCCAAAUGUGUGACUGGGAUGUCGUUGCCUUUCCCAAGUGGUUAUUUCUUCAAUAAUCUUUGGCAUCCUGUGUUUUGCAAUAUCUCUUCAUUUGAGCCCUUGUCUAAGAUUAAAACCUGUUUAUCCAGGAAAAUUAUUUACCUCAUGGGAGAUUCCACCAUUCGACAAUGGAUAGAAUUCAUUCCUGCAGUUAUGCCAAAUGUGAAGUUUUUUGACCUUCAUGGGAUUGGCUGGCACAAGGAAAUGUUAGCACUGGACUUGGAAAGGAAUAUGUACAUCAUGUGGAAGAAGCACGGGCAUCCGUUUGUGACACAAAGUUUCUUUACAGUUAAAAAUCAUGCUUAUAUAGCACAAGAUAUUGACAGAGUAGCUGGUGGUUCCAGCACAGUUAUUGUCAUUGCCUUGGGACAGCAUUUCCGUCCCUUCCCUCUUAUUGUGUUCAUCAGAAGACUUCUCAGUGUGCGGAAUGCCAUAGUGCGCCUCUUUCAUCGCAGUCCAGACACAAAAGUCAUAAUCAAGUCUGAGAAUACAAGAGAGGUCAACGCAGAUGUAGAGAGAUUCAGCGACUUUCAUGGUUAUGUUCAAUAUCUCUUAAUGAAAGACAUCUUCCAAGGGCUUAAUGUUGGGGUUAUUGAUGCUUGGGAUAUGACAACAGCCUUUGGCUCAUUUAAUGUACAUCCUCCAACAGAUGUAAUCAGGAACCAAAUCAACAUGUUCUUGACUUAUAUAUGUGAUUUAUAA